CAACAUUCACGUCACCAAUUGAUUUUCUUCAUAAUUUUUUCUGAUAUUUUUAUGCAUUUUAUUGAAAAUGUCAAUUUCGGAAUCCGAUCGAGUGGCAAUCAAUGAACUGAGAGAAGCUGUCAAAGAACAUCUCACUCCAUACUAUGAUACUGAUUUCAACCUUCUUCGUUGGCUUAAAGGUCAUGAUUAUAAGAUGGAUGUAAUCAAACCCAAGUUGAUUAACCACCUUUUGUUUCGAAAAUCGGACUGGGACUUGGAUUCGCUGGCUGAUAAGCCAAGAGAUCACCCAGUUCAUCAUCAUUGGAAGACUGGACUUACCGGCGAAUCUGGAAUCAUUCCAAAUACCAUUGUGAAUAUCGAACAAACAGGAUCAAAUGAUUACUGGGGAAUGCUUCAUUCUUAUCCGACAAAUGAGAUUUUAAGAGCAAGAGUUCACGAUUUGGAGAGUAUGCUUAAGGCAGUAAUGGAUUUGGAGAAGAAGACGAACCAACAAUGCUCUGUGAUUUAUAUUAUGGAUCUGACUGGAAUCAAAUUUGAUAAACGAACGAUUACACUUCUCACUGGAGGACUAUCUGCUAUUUCUGCAUUCAUGGCUGAGCACUAUGUUGAGUUGGUGCACAGUUUUGUGCUUGUCAAUGUUCCAGCAUUCAUCUCCGCAAUCUGGACAAUUGCCAAGCCAUUACUUCCAGAGAGAACACGUAACAAGUGUAACAUUUUGAAUAGUGAAUGGAGAGUUGAAGUUCUGAAAAUGGCCGAAGGAAGCUGUCUCCCAUCAUACUGGAAUGAUGAAGAAGAUGAUGGACCAUUUACAGCACCAAUCGAGAAAUGUGUGCCGUUCCCUGAAGACAAGUAUUAUAUGGGAAAAGUUUCUUCGAAUGCCGAUCAUAUGUCAGUAUCAGCUGGAAAGACAGGCUUCGUUGAGGUGGAAGUGAAAACUGGUCAAACGCUAUCCUGGGAAAUUCAUUCCAAUGGACAUUUUGCAUUUGCCAUUUAUGAACUCCCACUUGUGCCAAAUAAUUCAGAUGAUGUUAGCAACUACACAAGAGUUUAUCCUCUUUUCAGCAAAAUCCCCGGUCCUACAAUCGUUCCUUGCAUCGACAAGCUGGUUUGCCCGUCAUCAGCAACCUACCGCCUGUGGUUUGGCAAUCAACAUGCCUGGUUUCACACGCUCAAAAUUGAUUAUGUUGCCAAGGUGGAAUAGUGGUGAAGUUGGGUGAUAAGUUAGAGGAAAUGGCAAGGCAAAAACAAUUUCAUUAUCAAUGUUAUGAUAUCAGUUUGUGACAAAAAAGAAUAAAGUUAUCUGUAAU